AUGCAAACUCGGACUGAAUUACAGAUUGCUGAAGCCGUUGCUCUUGUAGAUACCAUUCAGAACUGGACAGUUUUAGAUAAGAUAAUUAUUCCUACGAAAAAUCCUGACAAGAAGUUUAUUUUUGGCAAAGGAAACUUUCAGGUUUUGACAGAAAAGAUUAAAAAAUUGCCCCAUGUGACAGCUGUCUUCUUGAAUGUGGAAAGAAUAUCUUCAUUAACAAAGAAAGAACUAGAAGAUGCCUGGGGCGUGAAAGUCUUUGACAGAUACACAGUUGUACUUCACAUUUUUCGUUGUAAUGCCCGGACCAAAGAAGCAAAACUUCAGAUAGCGUUGGCCGAAAUUCCACUUCUCAGGUCAAAUCUGAAAAAUGAGGUGUCUCAGCUAGAUCAGCAGAGAGGUGGAUCGAGAUACAUCAUGGGCUCAGGUGAAACAUUCAUGGAGACACAGAAUCGUAUCUUGAAAGAAAAAGAACUUAAAAUUAGGAAUGCCCUGGAGAAACUAAGAAGAAAAAGGUCUUUACUUAGAACUCAGCGCAGAAAACGCGAGUUUCCAAUUAUCUCAGUAAUGGGCUAUACUAAUUGCGGAAAAACUACCUUGAUCAAAGCCUUGACUGGGGAAGCAGGACUUCAACCCAGAGAUCAGCUCUUUGCUACUCUUGAUAUUACAGCCCAUGCUGGCUAUCUGCCCUCGCAUAUGGCAGUUAUUUACAUUGACACCAUUGGGUUUCUGACUGAUCUUCCACAUAAUCUGGUUGAGUCCUUUUCAGCUACGUUAGAAGAAGUGGCUUACUCAGAUCUGAUAGUUCAUGUGAGGGAUAUUACUCAUCCAGAAACCAUCCUCCAGAAAGCAACCGUUCUGUCAGUUCUGAAGAAUCUUAAUCUUCCCAGCCAUUUGUUGGACUCAAUGGUAGAAGUUCAGAACAAAGUGGAUUUAAUAGAAAGGUAUAAACCCACUGAAGAAAGUGCUUUAGCUGUUUCUGCUCUACAUGGACAUGGCUUAGAAGAGCUGAAAGAAGAAAUAGAGAAAAAAAUUUUGACAGCAACAGGGAAGAAGAUUCUGACGGUUAACGUCAACUUAGAGGGACCACAGCUAAGUUGGCUCUAUAAAGAAGCAACAGUUCAGGAAGUAGAAGUCAUGCCUGAAGAUGGCACAGCCAGGGUGAAGGUGAUAAUCGGCAAUUCUGCUUUUGGCAGAUACAAAAACCUCUUUCCUAACAGUAAGAUUUUUACGCCAUGAAACUGCGUCCUUUUCUAGGAAAAGAAACUGAUCUCAUUAAGAGGAUGUGAAAUGAAGUUAAUGGCCUGUUAGCCUGAGUGUUGAAGAGCGUACUUCUUCCCCAGUUGAUGUUUAUGGUGCGUUUUAGGAAUGGACACCUUCAGAAAACUGUUCGGAAACAAAAAGAGCUUUGAGCUUCAUUCUGUCAGCAAGUGCAAGGACAGCACUAAAUUUUUAAUGUUUAAAACAGUUGUUAGCUAUAAGCUGUGGACCUCAAACACAUGGAAAUCACUGGAUGGCAUCUGAAUUAACCUUCAGAAAAGUACCAGGUUUUCUUAUACCGUAUAAAUAAAGCUUUUUACCCCAUCUUUCAGAAUAAAAUAAUAUUUAUCAUAGCUAAGGUGUCUCAGAUGGUCCUUGGAAAAUGAAAGUUAAUGAACAAAAUGUUGUUGGCUGUAUAUAAAUAAUACAGAUAGGUUUAUGCAUUCUGCUUUAAUACAUAUUUAAGUAAAAUAACUGCCCUGUCUUAUUGCAGUGAAGCAGAAAAACAUGGAUUUAUAUAUUUAAGCAAUAAAUAAAGUUAGCUGUGAACAUCUUU